CUAAGCAAAUAGACAUUUUAAAUUAUGCAGGUGAAACAUUUGCUCUGGGCAAUUUGCUCUGAUUCCAGUGUUUGAUAGAAUAUAUAUAUGUACAUUAGCUAAAUGUGUGCCGGGGUUAUUGUUUGCUUAGUUACUGGGUUUGCCCAAAGCGCCACAGAGCGGUAUAACUAUAAGGCUCAGUUGGGCUGAAGCAGCAGAUAGGAUCAAUGUGUCACAUUCUCAUAUUUAUUCUUCUCUUUCUUUUUCUUUUCCAGAGAAAGAUCUGUGAAGGCCGUGGGAGACUCUCCUGCCCAGCAGUGAUGGGUCCCGCGCGUCUUCACCCUUUUAUUAUUUUACUUGGAUUAUUUCAUCUAUUUCUCAGCUCCACAUCAGCGGUGAAGGUUGAAAACUUCACCUUAUUUGAAGAGAAGCUGAAGCUGGAGGCGCAUACAGCCAAUAUGAUUCCCUGUGUGUUUCACACACGGCGCCGCCUCAACCCACUCAGAGUCCAACUGGAAUGGGGUAAAAUGGAUAAGGAAGGUUACGUGCCCCUCAUACACCUGGACGGAAACCACGUGAGAAAGGCAGCGGCUGAUUUUGGGGAUAAAUACCAGCUGUUUAUACCCCAAGUGUCACAAGGGAACUGCUCCCUUGUGAUAAAUCCCAUGGAUAUUGCAGACAGCGGCACUUAUCAGGUCCGGCUGAGGAUUCUAGGAAAGCUGUACGAGCCGGUUCCAUCCAUAGAGAUUCAGGUUGUCGAUCAGCGCAAAGUUGAGUCCCGGGCAUGGGGCAAGAAAAAGACGACUGUACCGCCAACCACUAUUGCAACAGUACCACCAGGAUUUGUUGACGACGUCCAAAAAAGACUUGUGAAAAUUGAUAAGAUGGCGAUUAUAGCGAUUAUACUUAAUGGGGUGUUCGUUGGUAUAGCCAUACUGCUAGGAGUCCUUGUAUUUAUUACGUACAGGAAAAAGAGUUCCUCUGGCGAUGAGGAGAACCCACCAAAAAAACGGAAACAGAAAGGAAAGAAGGAACCAUCUGACGAGAGUGAGGAAAGCUCAUCCAGUGAGUCAGAAGAGAGCUCUAGUGAGAGUUAAUAGGAGAGACUGGGCAUCAUUACAUGAUGUGGGAGGGAGGAGGGCCAGUCAAUUCAGAGAAGAAGAAAACCCAGUAAAUGAAACCAAUAACUUCUCAUCUGAAGGAGAAUGUUCUCAGUCUUCUGAUUCUACUUUGUAUCAUCUGCAUAAAUAAAUAAACUCUAAUAAUAAUAAUAAUAAUAAUAAUAAUAUAAGUUCAUCUUUG